AUGUUCGAGCAAGGUACCAAAAUACUGAUGGCUGAUGGCCAAGCGAAGCCAAUCCAACAUAUCACAACUAAUUCGAUGGUUUUAUGUGCAGACGGGACAGUAGAUCGUAUUACUUCGAUAUCGAAGGAUGAACAGAUGACUUAUCAGCUCCUGCAAAAGACUAAGCAUAGAGCAAACGAGGGAGAGGCUGGUCGGACUGAUCCCUUGAGGAAACAGAUAUAUCACAGACUGGGAUUUAAAUGCACUGUGGCUCACAGGCUGCCUUUGAGGACGUCAGCCAAACCGACGCUUGAGAACUCUUUCAAGAGGAACAAUUAUAAGGUUAAGUGGAAAACUAUGGAGGAACAAUUGACCCCAGACGGUCGGAUAAUAAACCUGCCAAAAACACAUCACAAGGACUUUCCCAUGACCCCAGAAGGUGAGAUGCUUGCGAGAGCUUUCAUGGCACAAAAGGAAGAGGAACACGGACUUUAUCUGGAGUUCAGUAUACAAGUCCGAGAUCUGGAUCUGUUAGAAGCUCAUAUUCGCGUCAAUUCAUUUCUACGGUUCGGACCUAUAUUGACUGGCAGAGGUGUCCUGUCGGAGUUUUUGACGGGGCAGAAACAUCUUAUUACUCCGUAUGUGCUCGACAUGGCAUGGCUUCUUGGACUUUGGCUUGGCGACGGUACCACUAAGGAACCUGAAAUUAGUGUCGACAGUUUUGACACUGAGCUCAUGAAAGGCCUCACUGAGAGAUGUAGAGCUUGGGGGUUAUAUCCAACCUACAAGGACGAACAGGUUCCUUUAAGAGCUAAGCACACCAGAUUAUAUUUCGGCGAAAAGGCAGAUGGCAACCGUAGAAAUCGGAAUCUGAGGAAAGAGAAUCCGUUCUGGAAUGUUGUUCUUAAUCUAAAAUUCAAGAGAGAUCUGGAUGGUGAGAAGCAGGUCCCUUCGUUCAUGUGGUCUGAAGACAUCCAGAUUCGUGAAGCUUUUUUGGCAGGGCUUAUCGACUCAGAUGGCUACGUCGUCAAACGUAAUGAGGGACCGGAUGCUUAUAAAGUUUCGAUCCAGACCAUAUAUCCAUCCAUCAUGAAUGGAAUUGUGCAUGUUUCUCGCUCUUUAGGAAUCGCUACAACAGUAACUACCAGAUCGGCAAGAACGGAGACCAUUGAAGGUCGCAAGGUAAAUUGCCAUUUCACUUACGAUUGUCACAUUGCUGGACGUUCGCCACUGCAAAAUGUUCUAUCCUAUUGUCGCAGUGGUCACAAGAGAAGGCCAGCUCCCGAUGAAGUCAAAAGAGAACCCAUUUAUUUCGGAUUCAGCGAAGAAAAAUGUGGCCAGCAAGUAGUCUACGGAAUCACCACAGAAUCUGGUAAAAAUAUUGUCUUGGAGAAUAAGCUCACAGUACAUGCUUGUGGCGAGCAUUGUAUCAAGGAACAACCAAAAUUUACGACAACCAAAUGUCUCAAACAUUGCAUUGCCUGCCCACGCAAGGGCGUACGAUAUUUCUACAAAGACUGGUCUGGCAAUCACCGUAUUUGCGGCAGAUGCUAUGGCCGCUAUAAAUUUAGCGGUUACAGGUGCUUGAAUUGCAAAUAUGUACCAGAAGCGCGAGAAAUAAAGAAAGCCAAAUUAAGAGGCGAAGAACUAGGAGUCUCUCCAGAUGGUAUCACAGUUAGCGGGCUAAUAUGUGGUAGGUGUAAGGGAAUACUCAAGUAUGAUGAGAUACGGGGGCCAAGAAAGGGUCAAAGCAUGAUAGUUUCUUAG